AUGGAGUCCCUAGGAUUCUCAACGGACGCGCUCAAGCCUGAGUGGGACAUGUCCGACAGCGAGUUCCUGCCAUCUGCAGACACUGCUGUCAAUCGAGUGUGUGCGUCCCGGCCAGCCGUCCAGGACUUUGACCCCGAGGCGGGAAUGGAAUGCUCAACCCCUGUUCUGGAUGUGCUACCUGGGGAGUCUAAGGAAGACCGACUUCGCAGAUGCGAAUCGGAGGUGAAGUAUAUCCUCGCGUCGAAGGUCGAGGAGGCGCGAAACCAUGGUCUGGGCCAGGACGAAGUUGAGCGCCUCGAGAACAUGCUGUCCUGGUUCGUCAAUGUGUUUCGAAAGGAUAUCGGGUGCGACCCUCCGAUCAAAGUGGAGCCUCUACUGAUUCGCCUGAAGCCAGACGCGGUCCCCGUCAAGUGCUCGAUGCGUCGCUAUCCACCCGACCACGUGGAGUUCCUGAAGCGGCAUGUCGAUCAGCUCGAAGCGGCCGGUCUGGUCUACCGAAACAAUCGGGCGACAUGGGCUGCAGCGCCUCGGAUCGUGCCGAAAAAGGACCCAGGCGAUCUGCGCAUGACUAUCGACAGUCGCCCGAUCAAUAUCUGUACGGUGCCUAUGCCGUGGCCGAUACCAAACCUGGACGCCGCGAUGGUCGUCCUGGUCGGCACCUCGGUCUACUUAACCCUGGACUGGACGAAGGGGUACUGGCAGCUGCCGUUGCAUCCGGCCAGCCAGGAGCUGUACUCGAUCAUACCACCCUGCGGUGCCUUCACGCCGACGCGUGUGUUGAUGGGCCAGAGUGACGCCAUUGCGUUUUGUCAAUCGGACGGCCACCAAAUGUUCGAAGAUCUCCUAUUUCGCGGCUUACUCGCCUGGCUGGACGAUCUGCUGGGCGCGGCGAUCACUCCGAUGGGACUGUUUGACCUCAUUUCUAAACGGCUCGUUUGUCUCGGCCAGUUCGCGCUGGCCUAUUUUAUCUUGUCUGCCGGCGUGACCCACUCCCCAGCUCGACGCGAGAAAUCGGUCUUGGCCAAGAUACUGGUCAGCGCCAUGGGGUGGGCUGCCGAGCACACGAUGUGCUUUGAGGCUGUGAAAAAGGCCCUGACCAGCAUCGUACCGCUGAGUCCCCCCCGAGAAGACAUGGCCCUGCCCCUGUGUGAGCAACGCCACGAGCCCCUAGCGUUUCUAAACGGCUCGUUUGUCUCGGCCAGUUCGCGCUGGCCUAUUGUGGAGAAGGAGGUGUUCGCCGUGGUCGAGGCGCUUGCACGCCUCGACUAUCUGUGGAUCCGAUCUGGUGGAUUCCGUCUGUUCACGGACCACAGCAACUUGGUUUACAUUUUCUACCCGCGUGGCCAAAGUCCCAUCAUGGCGAAGUAUCAAACCGACAAGCUGCAGUGCUGGGCGCUGGUGAUGUCCACCUUCCCGUACACCAUUGAGUCGGUGUCGGGUGAAGACAACGUGUGGGGUGCGACGCCAGCGGUGGCUCGCGUGCGACUUCUCGCAGCCUUAGUAUCACCCCUACGCCACAAGGAUUUCGAGUGGCCGACAGCUCAAUCUGUCCUCAAGUCCCAGAAGAAUGGCCUCCAGGACGACGGCCAGCCUCCACCUGGAGUUACUUGGGAUGACGACAUCAAAUUUUACGUCACUCCGGGAGACAAGAUUUGGGUCCCGGACGACGACCUGGACCUCCAACAGCGGCUCUGCGUGAUCGCCCACCAAGGCUUGAAGCACGUGCUCGUAGUCAAGGAUGACAUAAGCGGCUUCGUCCGGUUGUUCCCGUCCCGGAAUGCAGACUCGACUGCGAUGGCCGCCGCCCUCAUGGACUGGUUCACCUUGCUGAGUGAGUGGCGUCUCCCAGCUACGCAGUGGCCAAUGGUGCUACCCCUGGUCCAAGGUGCCCUCAACCACCAGCCAUCGAAUCGGCUUGGUGGCCUUGCUCCUGUUACGGCGUUUGGUGGAUUCGACGCAACCCAACCGUUGUCCGGUACCGUCCUCCCGACGACCAAGGAAGUCCGGGAUGUUGAUUGGCUCGACAAGUCCCGGAUCAAGCAAGUUCAAGACCUGCGAACGUCGCUAGACGAGAUGCACCGUGAUGUGUUAGCCCGUAGCGAGAAGCUGUGUGGCCAGGCGAGAGCUAGACACGCAAAGAAACAAGGCGUCAAGUGGACUAACUUUGACGUUGGAGAUUACGUCCUAGUCGGGUCGGUCGUACGGCACCCGAGCAAGUUAGCCAUGACGUGGCGUGGUCCCUCAAGAAUCACGCGAGUUAUCACCGAUUAUGUGAUGGCGGUCGAACAGCUGGUGCCCCCUUUCAACGAAUCUGUGCACCAUGUCUGCCGUCUCAAGUUGUACAGCGAGGCGGCGAAUGGCACGGCCGAAGACCAGCUGGAACAAGCAGCCUACGGAGAAGGUGGUUUCUAUGUGGAAGACCUCCGCGCUUGCCAACCCCCCUUGAAGUUGGAGGCAUGGGUCCAUUGA